AUGGUUGCUGAAGCGAAGGAUCAAACGACACAAUCUUACCAGGAUGUGGCUAAUCAACCAAAGAUUUUAUCCCCUGAUGCAACUGGCUUUGCACAUAAGGUGAGAAAACCCUAUACCAUCACAAAACAGAGAGAGAGGUGGACAGAGGAGGAACAUCAAAGGUUUAUUGAGGCCCUGAAGCUGUAUGGCCGUGCUUGGCGCCAAAUUGAAGGACACGUGGGGACCAAAACCGCCAUCCAAAUUCGCAGCCACGCUCAAAAGUUCUUUGCUAAGGUCACCAAAGAUUCACCUGGUGAUGCUGAAGGAUCUCUGAACUCGAUCCAGAUUCCCCCUCCUCGACCUAAGAAGAAACCUUCACACCCUUACCCUCGUAAAAUGGUUGACUCAGCCAACACAGAAGCUGUGGGCCCUCAACAGGCAAAAGGGUUGACCGAUGUGUCUGUUUCUGAGAGAGAGAACCAUUCACCAACUUCAGUUUUGUCGGCCAUCGGCUCCAACAAUGAGGAAUCCCCACUUGCCGAGACUCAAAAAUCCUGCCUUUCACCGGCUUCAUGUGCGACUGAUAAUGCUAAUGAUAAUGAACAUGCCAUGUCAGAUGAGUCUUCGAAAGAGGAAGACGGUUUGAGUUUAUCAUUGAAAAUGUGUGCUGAUUCGGGCCCGGAUAUUAAAUCCUCCACCAUGAAGUUCGAGUUAUUUCCUGAGGGAACUGAGUCUUUGCCAUGUGGUGGAGAAAAUUGUGCAAGUAUUAAACUAUUUGGGAAGACAGUUGUGGUAAGAGAUACUCCAAAACAGUUUGAAGAAGCUUUGGAAGACAAUGAAUCUUUAGUCCCUGGUGUUUUUCCGAGUGAGGUGUCUGAAAAGGAAAAAUCUAGAAAUUUGAACCUUGAAGUUUCUGGAUUAUUCUCGAAUCCAGUGGCAAACAUUUAUGGCCCAGCAGAAAACGUAUAUCGUUUCCCUUGGUGCACUUGGUACAACGGUCCUGUUUACUACCCUUACCUUUCGCCCGGCAGGAAGCCAUCCGUAGUAAAUGUCGAAAAUGGCCCUGAAGGAGUAAAUGAAGAAGAGGAGUCUCUUGUUGGUUCAAACAGUGGGUCCAUGAGUGAAGUCAAUGUGGAAAACCGAUACAGUGAUGUGGAGUCGAGCAAUUUGUCUUGUUUUGCAGACAGGAAAACGGGGAAAGGUUUUGUUCCGUACAAGCGGUGUUUAGCUGAGAGGGAUGAAAAAUCGUCGUUUUCCUUUGUGCAGGGACGUGAGAACCAGCGGGCUCGUGUUUGCUCAUAG